AUGUCCUCGCCAUACGUUCACGAGGAGAAGGAGAAGUCCGGCUCCUACCCCGGCGAUGUCGUCGCCACCCUCGAGGAUGGCGUCAGCUCCGGCACCAACGCCUUUGACCAGCGCAAGGGCGAAGAGCUCAAGCACUCGCUCCUUCCCCGUCACAUGGCCAUGAUUUCCAUCGGUGGUGUCAUUGGUACAGGUCUCUUCCUGGGUACUGCUUCAUCGCUCCACAACGCCGGCCCUCUUGGUCUUUUCAUGGGCUACCUUGUUAUGGGUUCCGUUUGUUACGCCAUGAUGAUGUGCCUCGGUGAGAUGAUCUCUUACCUCCCCGUUCCCGGUGCCCACAUCAAGCUCGCAGAGCGCUUCGUCGGCAAGCCCCUUUCGUUCGCCAUGGGUUGGAACUACUGGUACAACUGGGUCAUCGUCCUCCCCGCCGAGCUCUCCGCCGCCGCCGUCCUCAUGUCUUACUGGUCUACCCUCAACCCCGCCAUCUGGAUCUCGAUCUUCCUCGUUAUCGUCGUUGCCAUCAACUUGCUCGGCACCCGCGCCUACGGCGAGGCCGAGUUCUGGUUCGCUUCGAUCAAGAUUAUCACCAUUGUCGGCCUCAUCAUCCUCUCUAUCUGCAUCGACCUCGGCGUCGGCAAGCAAGGCCGUCUCGGCUUCCGCUACUGGAAGGAACCCGGCCCGCUGCACCAGUACAACGGCAUCUCGGGCUCCCUCGGACGCUUCCUUGGCUUUUUCUCGGUGCUCAUCAACGCUGCUUUCUCCUUCAUUGGUACUGAGAUCGUCGCUGUUGCCGCUGCUGAGGCCAAGAACCCGCGCAAGUCGGUCCCCAGCGCUAUUCGCAAGGUCUGGAUCCGUAUCUGCCUCUUCUACUUCCUCGGUACCUUUAUGAUCGGCCUCGUCUGCCCCUCAAACGCCCCCGAGCUCACCACGGCACACAAGACCGCCGCUCGCUCGCCGUUUGUUGUUGCUAUCAAGAGGGCCAACAUCUCGGUGCUGCCGAGUCUGAUCAACGCUGCGCUCGUUACGUCGGCUGUUUCGGCUGCCUCGUCGGAUCUGUUCACCUCGAGCCGUGCUCUUUACUCGCUCGCGAUCGGUGGAUCCGCUCCUCGUAUCUUCGCCCGUACCACCAAGAGCGGUCUUCCUUACUACUCGGUCGCCGUUUCGAUCCUUUUCUCGUUCCUGUCGUACAUGUCGGUUCGUGACGGUGCCAGCACUGUGUUUGGCUACUUUGCCAACAUGACCUCGAUCGCCGGUAUGGUGACCUGGUUCUGCAUCGGCGUCAUGUAUCUGCGCUUCCACAAGGCGAUGAAGGUGCAGGGCAUGUCGCGCGACGUGCUGCCUUACCAGGCGUGGCUCCAGCCCUUCUGCGGUUACUGGACCGUGUGCACUACUUUCAUCGUGAUGAUCUUCAGCGGUUGGUCCGUCUUCCUCAAGGGCAACUGGUCCACCAGCGACUUUGUCACCAACUACAUCCCCAUUCCCUUCUUCCUGAUCCUGUACGCCGGCAACUGGUACUACAACCGCAACAACGGCGCUCACAUCCCCUCGAGCGAGGUGGACCUCACCACGGGUCUGCGCGAGAUCAUCGACGCCGAGGUGCCCGAGGAGAAGCCCACUACCGUCGCCGGCAAGGUCUGGAACUUUAUCUCCUAA